CCUUACUUAUAUACAAAUCCAAAACAUCAUAAAUUAUGUUAACGAACAAACUUCUACUUCCUCUAUCCCGUUAUCUCAUAUCUCUAAUUCGGAAGAUAUUAUAAGUGAGGAUGACAAAUCAUUACUGAAGACUGAGGUGGGUAUACCUAUCGAAUCUCAUGUUUCCGAUUCAUCUAAAGAGAUAAAUGUUUCACCAGAAAAUCAGAUGAGUGUAUCAACAUCCCCACCAUAUGAGAACAAAUCUCGACCUCCAAUUUCUAUUUUACAUGAAGAUCCAAAAGAAAAACAAAAAUUUUUAAUUAAAAUGAAUCAUGAGUAUAGCUUUGCCUACUCUGAUAUAGGAUUUCUGUUAUCAGUUCAGUUAUCUGCUCUAUACCUAGUUGAAGUGAAAUAUGAUAUGCCAAAUCAAAAAUAUGCGGAACUUCCCAG